GGAUACGAUAUCCCGAAAUCCACACAGGUCUGGAUAAACCUGUUUGCCUUGCACCAUGAUGAAAAGAUAUUUGAUGAACCAUUGAGUUACAAACCUGAGAGAUGGCUAGAUGAUUCUGGUGAAUUGGUGUCUAUUGAAAAGAGAAAUAAAAUCAUCCCAUCUGGCGCAGGUCGUAGAGCGUGUGCAGCAGAACAGUUUGCGAGAGCGAGAAUGUUUUUGUUCCUCUCCAAUAUACUACAAAGAUUCACAAUCGUUCAACCUGAGGACGCAAAGCCACCUAGUGCUGACCCCAGAAAUUACACACUGGGAAUCAUACUCGAACCAGGACCAUUUACUAUCAAAGCCAUACCACGCUAAUCUAUUUCAAUCAGAGAUGAGAUAAAAAAUCAAUAGUUUUGCACACUAUGCACUGAAUCCCGACGACGUCACGGGUUUUUAGCAUGUUUAAAGAUUACCUUACUCGCAUAGGGGCUUUCUGACUUUAAAACAAACCCUUAGCUAAAUGAAUUGUCGUCUCGGGAUGGUUUUUGUAUAUAGUUUUUAUAAAAAAUUCUGGAAAAUAACACACCAUUUUGUCUCUCCGAUUUCAGUCAUAAAUUACGUGAAUAUAGCAUUAACACUUUUGGGUGGACGUUUUCAUUACCAAAUGUCCAAAUGUCCAAAGGUAUUCGAAUGAUAUUGAUUGGACAUCAUGUUGCAGAGAGUGGCUCCAUGAAAAAUAAACAACUUGCGUUAUCACAUGCAGACGGAGCCUGUGAGAAAUAUUGGGUGCGGCAUGAAUGAGCGGAUGGUGCGGAUUUAACAGUCAUUUUAGAAUUUGAAUUUGUAAUAUAUCUGAAACUAAGCCAUUUUGGGUCUUCAAAUAUAUCCAUAUGUGUGAAGUUGACACUUAAUAUCAAUAAAAUUGUGAAAAUAGU